GAAAAGGAAUGUCACGCCAGAUGGGACUCAUCACAAAGUGUGACGCCGGUCAGUCAGCGACUCGCGCCACCACCGCGGCCAGGGAGAGCAAAGCCUUGUCGGACACCUUCACCAGUGUUCCUCCUCCAGUCCUCUUCCACUCGUUUGCGCACAGCUAGCUCCGGUUUAGCCUCCUUGAGCAACAUACAGCUUCAGGAAUCCCCACCCGAGACAUGGCUUCAGCAUACUACGAGUUUUACCGCGGGUCCUCAAUCGGCAUGGCAUUGACGGACUCCCUUGAUGAGCUGAUCACGAGCGGCGCCAUCACGCCACAGCUAGCGAUGAAGGUCUUGCAGCAGUUCGACAAGUCCCUCGCUGAUACCAUGGUCAAAUCGGUCAAGAACAAGACUACCUUGAAGGGACAUCUGCACACCUACCGGCUCUGCGACGACGUAUGGACGUUCAUCGUGAAGAACCCAACAUUCAAGAUGGAGCAGAACGAGCUGGUGUCCGCGGCCAAGAUCAAGAUCGUCGCAUGUAAGAACGGUGACGCCAUAGAGGCUGGCAAGAAGUGAUAGUCUCCCGCGCCCCGUGUCUCCCGCUCGUCCCACUUGUCGCAUCGUCGUCGUUCGCAUGAAGCCAUACCGUAUGUUCCGCUGUGCGCGUUAGUGAGCUUAUGUAUUUGCAUGUAUCAUAGGUCAUGUCCUAGACGGAAG